AUGGUCAUCAAACCUGAAAAUCAAACAUCUUCAACUUCAAAAGGAGGAGUUGCAGCACUUAUGGACUGUGCCGCAACAGAAAUGAGCAGACUACGCAACAAGUCGACCGUUUUGAAGAGGUACGCAAUUCAGGAGACCCGAAGGUCACCCGAGCCCCCUCCAUCACCUCCACAUCCACAAACCCCUCACAAAAUUAAUGCGCAGGAACGCAAAGAAAAAGCCACCAGCACCACGGACACUUUAACUAGUCUUCUUCAGAUCCAACUGGCACAAAUCAACCGGAUGUCAGAAACAUUCAGCAAUCAAAUAGCUCAUGAAAGAGCUCUCUUGGAAUUAUUACAAUUGGAGUAUAAUCGAGUCAAAUCGGAGGUGAAAAUCUGCGAAAGUGAAAAUGAUUCAGCACCUGCUGAUCUGAUGAAUCAAUUUAGGCACCUAAAGGAACGUCUUGAACAGCAAGAAACUCUAAUUGAUGAUUUGGAAUAUCAGUACUUGGAGGACAAAACCAAGUAUGAAGAAGAGAAAGAGAGCUUGAUAGCUCAGCUCAAACAACAGGAGGAGACAAAUUCAGAGACUUCCCAUAAAACUGGACAUUUGGGGAAUGGAGGGACUGGUGCGCGUCGGGAACAGAGUCCUGAAGAUGCCUACACUUAUCCAUCUUCGAUAUUCUCCUCCAAUGUUCCCCACACUCGAGCUAUUUCUCCAAUCUGCUCUCCCCCAACUGCCGUUUCCCCUCUAAAAUUCAACGGCAAUCAGAGCAAUUCUAAUAGUAUUGAUAAUCACCGUGAAAUCUUCCAAUCCGGUAAUACAAUCACGUCAAACGACAAGAAUGAUGUUGCGGUUCCACGGGAGGAGGUACCUCAAAGUAUGCCUUUAUCUUCACCUCGAAGUGUGAUUUCUAGCAAUGGCGAUUUCAGCCAUUUUUCACACAUUAUGAUGUCGUCUUCACCUGUUGGGCAUCUUCAAAAUACUCCGGUUUUGCAAGAACAAAAAACCCCCUCUCAACUCAACUCAUCUCCAUCCUAUCAUCAACAAAAUGGCUCCAGUAUGGAUGAAACAUGCUAUACCAGAAGAGAGGAUCAAAAUGCCUCUCCACAGACAAGUUCCUCUUUUCAGGGUGGAGGCUCGAAUCCUCACACAACAACAACUUCCUCGAGUUCUUCUCUCUUUCCCAGUGGAAGAGACCUCCAACAGUCUUCCUGUACCUCGUUCUCAAAUAAUGUCUUCCAUGCCGUACCUCCACUCCUGUCUUCACUGAGUGCUAAUGCUGAUAAUCGACAAUGGAGUAGAGAGGACCCAGUACCGAACCGCUGUAAUGAGGAAGUUCGAAUUCGUCAACGACAAAGAACUUCAUCUGCAGUUUCAAGGCAAUACUGGCAGGACAAUGAGGUAAUAACACAAUUUUAUUGA